CGAAUCGGGCACACUUGUGUUGUUUUUGUUUUUGUUGUGGCCGGAAUGCAGGGUAAACUCUGCAAACUGCUGUUGAAAUGCCUCCUGGCGCUGCCCCUCAUCCUGCUGGUGGACUACUGCGGCCUACUCACCCACCUCCACGAGCUGGACUUUGAACAGCACUUCCACUAUCCGGUGAAAGAUGACGGCCGUGCUACCUCUGGAAUCGGCGGAUACGCCUUUUUGCGAAUGCCCACAUUUACGGGCGAGGCCGCGGCGGAUCCGCCCCGGCUAACGAUUCUCGUCAAGAGCGCCGUGGCCAAUGUCCGGCGCCGGGAUGCUAUCCGACGCACUUGGGGCUACGAGGCCCGCUUCUCGGAUGUCCAGCUGCGACGGGUUUUCCUGCUGGGCACGGCGGAGGAGGGGCAAAAAGACGUGGCCUGGGAGGCGCGCGAGCACGGCGACAUUCUCCAGGGUGAUUUUGUGGAUGCCUACUUCAACAAUACCCUGAAAACCAUGUUGGGAAUGCGGUGGGCCAGCGAGCACUUCAACCGGAGCGACUUCUACCUCUUCGUGGAUGACGACUACUAUGUGUCGAUGAAGAACGUGCUACGGUUCCUGGGCAGAGGCAGACAAACCCACCAACCGGAUGUAUUGUUUGCCGGAUACGUUUUCCAGACCUCUCCGCUGCGCCACAAGUUCAGCAAGUGGUACGUCUCCCUGGAGGAGUAUCCGUUCGAUCGUUGGCCGCCGUAUGUCACCGCCGGCUCCUUCAUCCUCUCCCGCCAAGCUCUGCUUCAGAUGUACACCACCAGCAAGCGGAUACCAUUGUUUCGCUUCGACGACGUCUACCUGGGCAUUGUGGCGCUCAAGGCGAGGAUUCCUCUUCAGCACUGCGAUGACUUUCACUUUCAUCGACCGACGUACAAAGGCCCGGAUAGCUACAGCAGCGUGAUAGCCUCCCACGAGUUCGGCGAUCCCGACGAAAUGAUCCGGGUGUGGAACGAGUGCCGGUCAGCCAACUAUGCGUAGCACCUGAGUAGCUUUCCCAUAAAAUAAGCUAUAUAUUUAACGACAAGAGAUUGUAUAUACGAAAGUGUUUAAGACCUAGAUCGAAGCCUUAUGAAAGUACACCUAAAAUAAGAUAUAUAUUUUUUUUUUGUAACAGCCAGCAUGAUGGACAAAUAGCUAUAGCUUUUCUUGUAACUAAAAAUAAGAUGUAAUUAUAGUUUGUUA